AUGUCAGCAUUCACCUACACAGAGGCGGAAGCGUCCGAAACGGAGGCCAAGCAUCUCGUGCUGCGCCAGGUCGCCAAGGAUGUCACGAUCCGUCUCUCGGAGCCGCUCAAAGUCGCCGAAAGCAAACAGCAUACCAACCUGCUCUCCGUGUCCAACUCCAGAGGCCUUGUCUUCGCUGCCACAAACUCGGGCUUCGCUGUCAUUCGACUUGCAGAGCUCAGAUCUUUCUUCAAAUCCGCAGCACGCAAUUCCACGCCCAUCCUCGAUCAGACAUUGCGCUCCAUCGACACCAACUCACUCAACUCCAUCACAUCGUUGCCUACCUUCGUCACCUCGGCCAACAAUCACUCCACCGUACUUGUUGGAUUCCAGAAUGGUGCCAUCGCAGCGUGGUCCGUCUCUGGUCUCGUCGAUGGCACCCAGCUCGAGCCAAGCUUUGUCCUGCAGCCCCCUACUCCCGGCCUCUCUCUCAUCGACCUGGCACCCAAUCCUUCCGAUCGACCCGAAUUGGCCGUCGCACUGUAUCGACAGGACGGAACGCCAGGCGUGCAGUCGGGCACGCCCAUUAUGCUCAACCUCAACUCCGGCUCCUUCGGCGCUCAGCUUGAUUCUACCGGCUCUCGUGCGACCGCGGUUUGCUGGUCUGUUAAGGGAAAGCAGGUAGCCGUUGGACUCGAGUCGGGCGAGAUCGUUCAGAUCACUCCAGAGGGCGAGCCCAAGGACCGCAUAGCAAGGCCCGAGUCGCUGCAAGGAUCCUAUUAUGUUUCGGAUCUCCGUUGGCUCGAGAAUCACGUCUUUGUCGCAACGUACAACCUGCCUUCCUCAGGCUCGACCGACGACGAUCCAGAGCAUUCGUACGAAGUCUACACCAUCCUGCGAGACGCCAAGCAGUCGACGAUCACAUUUGCAAAGAUGCCCAUGGAUCCCGCUCCUCCAUACGGCGACACAUCUCGACUCGGAACCCGCUUCGCUGCCUGGCUCAAAAGCUGGGAGCCCUCCAAGCAUCUCGUUUUCGUCGCCAGCGGUCCCAGUACAGAUGUUGGCCUCAUUACUUGCUCUUCCAGCGAGGCAGGAACUGCUGCCUGGUCCACUGUCGAGCUUGAGGAGACUUCCAAACCGAUCCUCCCCUUCUCUUCUGUUGACCAGUCGUCCGACACCGCCCCGGUCGCCCUCGAUUUCGACCUGACUUCGACAGACGAGGUGGAUGAUCCCAAUGCGGUAGCUCGAGGCGAUGACAAAACCAAGAUGCCUGCCGUACCUAUUCUCUACGUCUACACAUCAGAUGGUGUUCUGCUCGCCUACAAUGUGAUCAACACACAGCAACCAUUCGACGGCAUGGUUCGACCCUCCACAACAGCGCCAACCGCCUCCGCCUCAGCAGCCGCGCCAGCACCACAAUCAACACCAGCGCAAACGACUCCCGGCCAAACGAAGCCAGCUGCGUCCGCGUUUGGCUCUUCCUCUGCCUUUGGCCAGCCAUCAGCAUUCGGCCAAUCAUCCGGGUUUGGAUCCAAGUCUGCUUUCGCGUCUUCUGCCACGCCAUCUUUCGGCCAGUCCUCCGCAUUUGGAUCGUCUACAGCGAACUCCUCACCGUCACCAGCAUUUGAUGCGGCUUCCGCUUCCACACCGUCCGGUGGGUUUGGCUUUGGCGCCUUUAGCAGCGCGGCCGGCGGCGGCAAGCAAACAUCCGCUUUUGGCUCGACCGGAUUUGGCUUUGGAUCCGCUUCCACCACUGGCAAGGAUCCCUCCCAGGAUGCAUCAAAGGGUGCCCCGACGCCUGCCGCUUCCUCGAACGCUGCAGCGUCCCCGUCUGGUGCCAGCGCCUUUGGUGCGAGGCCAGCUGCCUCUGCCUUCGGCUCGUCGUCUCCUGCUCCAUCCUCCACGAGCACCACAGCACCGUCCGCAUUUGGAUCCACCUCAGCACUCAGUCAAAAUUCCUCAGCAAAGCCUGCAUUCGGGCAGUCCUCGGCAUUUGGUCAGACCUCAGCACCUGCUUUUGGCUCGGCGUCCGGCUUCGGCACCACCUCCGCCUUUGGUGCCAGCCCUGCUUUCGGUGCCAAAUCUGCCUUUGGUUCCGCAGCGUCGUCGGCCUCGCCCUUCGCCCCUAACACUGGAACCGCCACGCCGCCAAGCACUGCCUCCGCCUUCGGUGGCUUCGCAUCCAAAUCUGGAGGUGCUUUUGCAUCCACCACAAAUCCAUCUCCCACCUCCAUCUUUGGAAAUAGUGGUCAGCUGGAGAGCAAGAGCACAGCUGCUUCGACCGGACUGUUUGGCUCUGCCGCUCAGAAUGCGUCGACUUCUCCCUCUCCGGCGUCAGCGUUUGGCUCGUCAGCGUCCAAAUUCGGUCAAGGCUCCUUCUCGGCCUUCGCUGCCAACAAAACUGUCGAGGACAAGGAGAAGGAUAUGAAGGGCAAGAACGACGAGUCAUCUGCAAACGGGGAAAUUGAAGCAGGCAAUUUCUCCUUUGGGGGCCUUGGAAGCAUGCUCGGCAGCAACGACUCGACCCUGUCCGAAAGACGGUCGCAACCGGUUGCAGCUGUAGAAGCGCCUGAAAAGGAAGCGGGGGCCGCGAGCACAGAUCCUAGCGUCGAGGGCGCUGAUCAGACGCUGACAAGUGUCGCCGCCUCGAAGCCCUUUUCCUUCAGUCCUGCACCUGCGCCGAACUCGAGUGGUAGUAAAGCGAGCGACCCUGCUUCAUCGAAUGCCGCAACACCACCACCGCCCCUUGCGUCGGCUUUCAGCUCUGUCAAGCUAAAUCCCACUGCAGGAGCACCCUCCGAUCGGCAGAAUUCCUCGUUCAGCAACACCAGCUCGAGCUCCGUUGCGUCGACGUCGUCGGAAAAGGUCGGGAACAACAACAAGGAGCAGCCCGCGUCGGCUCUGGCCUCCAACGAUAAAUCCAAGACGGCCGAACCAGCCAAGCCGGCAUUCAGUUUUGCGACCGCUCCAGCAAAGCCUACCGCUUCGCCGCCGCAAUUCUCUUUCAGCUCUCCUGAUGCUAAAGCUGAAACACCGACCAAGGGUGUCAAGGAUGAGUCCAAGCCAGCCUCUCCGGGUCCUUUCUCCUUUGCGCCUGCUGUUGAGCAAUCGACCACCGCUCAGCCAUCAUCGCCCUUGACCUUCGGCGCAGCUGGUCAGGACAAGAAUAGUGCUGAGGCACAAACCGCGCAAACAGCCCCUUCGAAGCCGGCAACGCCGCUUUCUUUCGCCAACAACGCUUCUACGAGUCCGUCGUCGACGACGGCAAAGUCUCCAGGCUUUGGAGGCUUCGGCAGCUUUGGCUCAGCCCCUGCCUCGAGCGCUUCUCAAGCCAAGGAAGUUCCCUCUUUCUCUUUUGCUUCCUCGGACAAGUCGGUGCCGCCUCCAAGCCCGGCGUCUGGAAGCACUCCUGCUGCAAAGCCCACAUCGGCGUCCGCUCCGGCGAGCGGAGUUUCGUUUCCUCGGUUCACUUCCACCGCCCCUCGAAGCAGCUCUCCCCUCGCUGCCACCCCCUUCAGCAGCAACGAUGACUCUGCCAAAAGCUCGUCGGAAGAGAAGCUCGGCAAAACCGGCCAAACCUUCUCCUUCCAGCAGCAGCCAGCCAAACCUAGCUCCCCAGCGUUUGGCGCACAGCCGGCCACGUCAUUUUCUGGAUUCUCGCAACCUCAAGCACCGAAAGUCUCGGGUAUGGAAAAGCCGACUUCCGCAACGGCAACAGCGCCUUCAUUCGGAGGGCUCGGGCCUGCGACAGCAAAAUCGUCGCCUCAGUCCACGAACACGCCGGUUGUGCCAGGCAAAAGCGCAAAGGAGCGUUCCGGAAGUCCUCUUGUCGCUGGACGCACGCCUCAACUGUCCUCAUCCGAGAACGGAGGCCCGGCAAAAGUGAACGAGAGCGGUAUUCAGGGAGAGUUCCUGAAAGCCUACCUCGUCUUGACCCAGGAGCUGGAAGUACUUCGCUCCAAUGUGGACCAGUGUGCCAGCUUCCUCGCUGACUUACGGGAGGCGUCGCCUCGCUCGCACUCGGUGGAAGAUUUUGCCGACCCGUCAAAGUGGUCCUUUGGCGAUCUGCCAAAGAUGUUGUCGCUCGCCAAAUCGCUCGGUCCAUUGACCCAGCGGAUCGAGGACGAAGCUGCCUCACACAAGCGCAAGGUCGCCGAGCUGCAAAGUCUGCAACUCAAGGCAGAGGCAAAGAGAGAAGAAGUCGCACGCUUCAUUCGUGCACGUAGCGAUCCGGAGUUUGCCAAGAUGAUACGCGUGCGCCAGCUGGGUCCGGAGCACGUCGAAAACCAGAACAAGCUGCGCAAGGCUAGCCAGGUCGUUCGCGACCGCAUCGUCGAAUUGGAGGAGUACAUGGCAGCGCUCAAAGACAAGCUGCAGAAUGCUAGAGCGGGUCGAAGCGCCCUCAGGGCGCCCAGUCUCGACUCGGUCGCAAGAGCAUGCCGCAACAUUACCGCCCGUACGACAGCCGUGACACUGGACCUCGACAAUUUGGCGCUCGAGGUGGAUCUGAUGCGGCCAGCAGAGUAUGCGUCCCGCGAGCCCAGUCGCGCUCUAUCGCGAUCAGUCUCAGUCGUCAGUGGGAUCGAAGAGGCUAGCCCGCUGAACGAUGUCAGCAACCUCGUGCAUAUGCUGCCUGCCGCGAUCACGCUCAGAUCCGCCGACGAGAUUACGCAUGCCGAGCUUGUCAAGAGCGAGAGUGUGGCUGUCUUCAUCAACGCACGCGAGAAGCCGAUCCUCAACACACGAGCUGUUCCGAGCUCUCAAAGAGCGGAUCGCAAGACGACCAAGCCCUUGCGUGGUUCAGAUCUUCAGAUCGCCUUUGCAAAGGGACCGGUGUAUCUCGGCAAGCGCGUUCCUCCAGCAGUUCCUGAGACCUCCGCUGCCAAUGGUGCCACGGAUGUGGUCGGCACUGAUCAGUUCGCACCCAUGGCAAAGGAAGUCGCCGUGCCCAAGCUUUCCGAGCCGCCUCGUCCAGCAUCGGCAGCUCCAUCUGCUCCUGCUACAGCGCCGAAGGAAGCCAAAGCCGCUCCGCUUACCUUCGAGGUCCCUCCCUCGCCGGGACCAGCUUCUUCUGCGACUCCAGCUGCCGCGACACAGAAGACGGCGGCUCCGCCCAAGCCGCUCAACUUCAGUGGAUUCGGCCAGACCGCUGCCGCCCCUGCCAAGGCUGCAAACCCUACUUUCGAGGGAUUCGCAUCAUCAGCCACGCCUUCUCAGGCCACCACGACAGCUGCUGCACCUCAGCCCACUGUGCCUUCUCAGCCUUUGAAGUUCGGAAGCUUUGGUCAGAGUGCUGCCUCCGCGCCGAAGCCUGCGGCAACAGCCUUUUCCGGCUUUGGCAAGACGCCAGUAUCCUCUGCCGAUGUUUCAGCUCAAAAGGGAGCCACGCAAUCUGCUCCGUUGAGCUUUGAAGGUUUCGGUCAAUCUGCUGCUAAGCCCGUUGCAACGUCAUUCGCUGGCUUUGGCAAAGCUUCCACGCCGAGCACAGAAGCGCCGUCAACUGCAGCGCCAGCAGCUGAAUCUCAAAAGCCCGCUGCUCCUUUCAGCUUUGGCGGUCUCAGCUCGCCUGCUUCGGCGUCUAACAAGCCGUCACCUGCACCAUUCGCAGGCUUCGGGAGCACUUCUGCGGUUCAAGCUUCUGCGCCCCUUCCAGCCAAAUCCACACCGAUGUCGACCCCUGGCGCAGCUUCCUCCAGCUCGCCGUUCGGGAAUGCUACGCUCUCCUCGCUCGACUUUGGCAAGCUCGGCUCCGUCCCAGCUGGAAUUUUUGAUCUUCCCACAAAGGACGAUACGCCGUUCCAGCCUGGAGCACGUGCAGCCAGCUCGAGCCCAAGCAGCAUCCGAAGCUCCAACACGAGCAAAUCGAAGUUCAGAGGUACAGCCGUGCAACUUCCACCCACCUCGAGUGGUGGGGAUGGUUCAGACGCGGCUGCGAGUGCCUCGACCAAGGCUGCCUCUGACUUCUUCGCUCUUCCCCCUGCGCUCAAAGCGAAGGAAGGUUCGGAUGCUUCUGCUCCGACGCCCUUCAAGGGGUUCAGUGGGUUCGGCUCGAGUGCUGGCAAGCCGAACGCCGAGGUUUCGACGCCUGCUCCGAGCAGUAAACCAACAUUCAGCUUUGGCAAGCCUGGUGACAAGAACGAGUCGCCUGCGGCUGCCACGGUUGAAUCAGCCUCUGCGAGCGGCAGCAUCAACCUUGGCAAGGUUGACAAGACGGACGUCUCCAAGUCGCCGGCUACGCCGACCGCUUCGCAGCCCAAGACAGCAUCUAGUGGCUUCAGCUUUGGUGGUUUCGGCACGAAGGGCGUCGAAGCUGCCUCGACUGAACAGCCGAAGCAGGUUUCGGCUACGAGCUUCAGCUUUGGCGAUGCCGGAAAGAAGCCCGAGACGACAAAGACGGUCGGCGACGGGUCGGACGCUGGAACCCUCAGUAAGGACAAGGUCGACACGGCGGCGAGCGUCGCGAGCGCCGCAAAGGAAGAGUCGAAGAGCCCUGCCAGCUUCAGCUUUGCUACUAAACCUCCGGUGAAGCCUGCCCCUGAGCAGAAGUCGGAGAAGGUAGCUACAGAUGACCGCGAAGGAGAGGCGAAGAAGGAUGCCGACGGAGACAAGGCCGACAAGCAACCGACGGCUGACAGUAAGGACGAGAAGAGCGAGAAAAGCGAUAGUCAGCAGAAGGACGUUGAGACGGACAGCCCAGAGAAAGCCGACGCGAGGGACGCAACAGACAAAGCGUUGCCCGAUCCCUCCACCUUCACUUUCUGCAAACCAUCCGAGCCUCGAAACAAGGAGCCGUUGACAGAGCCUACACCGUCCAAUGCGAAGGAUGCGCUCGGCUCGACGCCCGAUGCUAAGCCAGCGGCCAGCUUCAGCUUCGGUGCGGCGUCCGCUGCGCCGACCUCGGAGAAGAAGACCGAAGAUCUGGACAAGGCGAGCAAGGAAGAAAAGCGCGAUCCUGUCGAGCAACCGAAGACUUCAUCGGCAAACGGCGCGACAUCCACAGACAAAGCCGACGGAGACUUCAACUAUCCGCCGAAGCCCAAAUCUUCUGCUCCAGACAGCGACAACCAAAAGCCUAACGAAAGCUCAACACCGACCUCGACGUCAGCGUUCAGCUUUGCGCCGAGCAAGUUGAACCCUUCUGCCACCUCGACCGCAUCCGCGUUCGGGGGCUUCAAGUCGAGCCCCGGAUUUGGAUUCGGUGCCUUCUCCUCCAAGCCCACGGACGCCAGCAGUCCGAGCAGCAAACCCGUCAACGCGUUCAGCUUUGCGCCACAGACAUCCACCGCCAACAAACCGGGCGCCUUUGGCAGCGCCUCUGCUUUCGGCAGCACCUCUGCCUUCGGUACGCCCUCCACGCCGUCUGCGAAACCGGCAUUUGGCAGCACGUCCGCCUUCGGCACGCCGUCUGGUUUCGGCGCAUUCGCGGCCUCUCCAUCGACGCCAAAGUCUACGGAUGGUGGAAAGAGCGAUGCAGCGGCAGGAGGUAAGAGCGCUUUCAGCUUCACUGGUGCAUCAGGUGGUGGAUUCGGUGCGUUUGCAGGGGCGGGCAAGACGUCGCCGUUUGCGAGUGCUAAGGGGAAGGGUGAGGGUUUGGGUGGGGAUGGCGAUAAGAGCGGCGGGUCGCUGCUGGCUAGAUUAGGGGGCAGGCCGAGUCAGGUUGCGUCUGAAGACGGAGGAGAGGAUGAAGACGAAGAGGAGGAUGACGACUAUAGUGAUGAAGAUGAUGAUGAACAUGACGAGGAAGAUGACGAGGAAGAUGACCAGGAGGAAGACGACGAGGAGGAAGAAGACUACGACGAAGAAGAGUACACCGAUGAGGAGGACUAUGAAGACGAAGAGGAUGAAGUGGACGACGAUGACGUCGAUAGCACCAUCGGCCACGACCGAGCCGGAGGAGACUCGCUCGAGGAGUCUGCCGUCCACGUCGAGAAGGCCGACGCGCAGGAAGAGGGCGGCUCCGUCGACGAAGAGGAGGAGCAAGACGAUGCAGAGGAAGACGAUUCUGACGAGGAAGAGGAGGACGAAGAGGAAGGACUCUCAGCAGUCGAAGAGGAGCCGGAAGAAGAAGAAGCGGGUCAAGACACGACGGCCUCGCAGAGCGCUGACCAGUCCGAUUGA